UCCCUCCCUGCCCUAGCUGCUCGCUUCAUCUCCUCCACACACGCACGCGCACAAACACACACUUUUUUUCCUCCCUCUUACAAGAUUCAACUCGAGCUCAUCAUUCGCAGUGGAGCAAGCUGAUGGAAGCAAAUUAGCAAGUGGAGUAGAGUGCCAGGAGCUCCCGCGCCACACGUACCGGAGGAGUGGUAGCUACUAGCUAGCGUCGGCCGGGGGCCGGCUUAGUGUGUGGAGGGAGGCGCGCACGAUGUCGGCGGCGUCGGGCGCCGCGUGCCGCGUGUGUGGCGGGGGCGCUGAGGACUGCUCCUGCUUGCUGCAGCGCGGGAGAGGGGCUGCAGGGGUGCGGUGCGGGGUGGCCGACCUGAACCGGGGCUUCCCCGGGAUGUUCGGCCAGGCGGCGGAGGAGCCGGCCGUCGACGUCGUCGGCGCAGGCGGCGGCGCGGCGGCGGUGGGGCUGCAGGAGUUCCAGUUCUUCGGGCAGGAGGACCACGAGAGCGUGGCCUGGCUGUUCAACGACCACGCGCCCCUCGGCGGGGAGGACCGCCUGCAGCACCGCCCGGCGCCCACCGAGCAACUGCAGCGCCGCCAGGCGUUCGACGCGUACGCCGAGUAUCAGCCCGGACACGGCCUCACGUUCGACGUGCCCGUGCCGCUCAGCCGAGAUGUCGUCGACACGGCCAUUCUGGGGCUCGGAGGCGGCAACCCGGUCACGUCCGCCGCCGCAAUCGUGAGUGAUGCAUUAUUGCGGGAGAGAAACGUUGACGUUCACGGAAGCCGCGGCCAGCUCGGUCGACCGGAACGACGACACGGCGGCGGGGCUGGCCAACGGCGGCGCGUACUCUGCCGGCCCAAGCGGCGGCGUCGUCGGCGACGUACCGGCACCAACGGAGCUGCGGGAGGCGAAGCUGAUGCGGUACAAAGAGAAGCGGAAGAGGCGGCGGUACGAGAAGCAGAUCCGGUACGCGUCCCGCAAGGCCUACGCCGAGAUGCGGCCGCGCGUCAAGGGACGGUUCGCCAAGGUGCCCGACGGCGGCGAGGGCGCGGCACCGUCGCCGUCGCCGCCGCAGCAGCCGACGCAGGCCGCCGACUACGAGCCCGGCCGGCUCGACCUCGGGUGGUUCCGCUCGUAGCAAGCCGACAUGUAUUACACGCGCACGUAGUGCAGCAGUAGAACGGCGGUAGCUCGAUGUCAUGUGCGUGCAUGCAUGCAUGCUGCCGUAGGAGGCUGCCAUGCAUGAGUCGCUGCUAGCUUAUCUCGUAGAUCGUCGUAUAUAGAUCAACGGAUCAUUUCUCGGCCGGGUUAAUUGUUGGUAUAUAAAGAGCUCAUAAUUAACAUUUAGAACGCAGGAUCAAGGUCGACCUUAAUUGAAUAGUGCGAUUCAUUUAUCAUUUGUUAACGAUAAAGUACAUGCAAAUGUGACCAUCUACUUUCUUCAUCCCAAAAUAAGUGUAUCAACU